UUCCAGUUAAUUCAAGUCGUUUUUGUUUUAUUAUGUCAUGCUGUUUUUGAUUGAUAAACCUUGCUUCGAAAAAUGUAAAUCACUUCUCCAACAAAUACAAAAUCUAAAAAAAAAACAACCAAUUUGAACCCAUUCCAAAAAUAUGUACGUACUUUGUAACUAGUAAAUUCAACUCCAUAAAUUCAACCCCUUAGCAAAAUGGACAGGUAGGGCAAAGAAAGGUAAUUAAUUGAAAAGAUUCAACCCAUAAUUAUAUCUAGUCUAAUCCAAUUAAUACUUUUAAUUAAUCUGGAGCUUCCUCUCUACUUCUUGGUUCCUUCACUCAGUUACCAACCACUUUAUGCUCAGGAACUUGCCCACUUAAAAACUAAAUAAAAAAACAAAAAAUCUUAAAUUCUUCAUCACUCGGUAGAAGUUAUUGACAGUUGUGCUAAUAUAAAAAUUGAAAUUGUAUUAUUAUAAUAGGUUUUCUUGUAAAGGUAAGGAGAAGACGUCCAAUCAAUCCAUAAACCUCUACGGGUCAAUCCCAUACGUGUUAAUAAUAAUAAUGGAUAUCAGGAUAUGCCAGAUAUUGACAAGUAGUAGAUGAGAGAUAAUACAAAGAAGUACGUAUAAAGCCCAAUUAUGCAACAUAAGAGACAAUAUCAAUAGUUAUUAAAUAUGAACUAACCAACUAACUACAGCUGAGACACAAGGAGGGAAGAGCUGCUGUUAUUUUGUUAUUAUUAUUAGUUCCAAUGUAUUUGGUCUAAUCAUUUUUACAUUUUGUAUAGAAGGAUUUGUAUUCAUUGUUGAAGCUAAAGAUGGGGAAAACAGGGAAAUGGUUCAAGAGUUUUCUUGUUGGAAAGAAAGACAAAGGUAGUGGGAAAGAUCAAAAGUGUAUUGGAAGUAAUAAUAGUAAUAGUAAUACUAUUAAUCAGGAGUCCGUUUCGACGGAUCAUCCGAAUACUACGACUCCGGUGGUGGCGGUGGCGGUGCCAAGGCCGACGACUCCCAAAGAAAAAAAGAGAUGGAGUUUCAGAAGAUCAUCUGCUAGCAAUAAUAGUAAUAAUAAUAGUACUAAUGCUAAUAAUGCCAAGGAUCAAAAUUCUGCUGAUGCUGCUAAUGUUCAGAAAUCUGAAGUCCUGCAGAUGGGAUCUUUGGCGGGUGCAGCGCAGGAUAAGCAACCGGAGGAGGUGGAAGCCGAGACCGGUGUAGUAGACGAUGUAACAGUUGAAACUAUAGAAGGGGAAGUUGUAGUGAUUCCUAUGGAAGAUUGCGGCGAUGAUGGCAGAGAUAGCGUUGUUGAGGAGGCUGCUGCUGUCAAGAUUCAGUCGGUGUUUCGCUCGUAUCUGGCAAGAAAGGCACUGAAGGCAUUAAGGGGAUUGGUGAAGUUGCAGGCAUUGGUAAGGUGUCAUUUGGUAAGAAAGCAGGCAACUGCAACAUUGAGAUGUAUGCAAGCGCUUAUCACGGCUCAAGCACGAGCUCGAGCUCAAAGGAUCCGAUCAGGAGAAGACGGGACGGUAAAUCAUAGGCAGUCUACUCACCGACGAAAUGGCCAAGAGAAGAUCAAGCAAACGAAUUAUGAAAUGGAGGAGAACAUCAAGAUAGUGGAGAUGGAUCGAGGUGACUUUAUAUCGAAUAUUAACAGCAGGGACAGCUACUCGAUUUUAAGUCAACAACAGAUUAUUGAUGAUCGAAUGGACAAUAGAAUGUCUACAUAUUACUCUCCUCAGCAGGUUUAUCUAAAGCAGCAGGACUAUCAGCAAUACUCCCCUGCUCCUUCAGCAAUCACAGAACUGAGUCCAAGAACUUGCAGUGGCCACUUUGAGGAUUAUUCUUUCGCCACUGCACAAAGCAGCCCACAGUGCUACUCUGCAGUAUCGCGGCCAGAUCCAUCAAGGACUCCGUUUUCUUUUCCUCAGCCAGAUUUUACAGAGACAAUGUCGUAUGAUUUCCCUCUCUACCCGAACUACAUGGCAAAUACUCAAUCUUCUAAAGCUAAAGUGCGGUCCCAAAGUGCACCAAAACAAAGGCCGGAGUUGGAGAGGCAACCAAGUCGUGGGCGAAGGCCUUCAGUUGAAGGGCGGAACAUACCAAGGGGUGCAAAGAUGCAACGGUCAUCCUCACAUGUUGGGUCUAAUCCACAGAAGUACAAUUAUCCAUGGUCUGUCAAGUUGGAUAAGUCGAGUGUUUCACUUAGAGAUAGUGAGUGUGGAUCCACUUGCUCGAUGGCUACCAAUGCUUACUACUGCAGAUCAGUUGUAUCUUAUGAUCCAAGAUGCUAAAGAGCUUCUAUUUUAAUGCUAACUCAACUCGAAUGUCUGACAAUGGUUUAGUUCACAGGAGUAUAGAGCAUUCAGAAGAACAAUUCUGCUCCAAGAUUGCUUGAAAUUGUUUGGAUUUAAUUGGUGACAUUUUGUAAUAAUUGAUUAAUUGUAAAAGAGUGGUAUGUAUCGGAAUUUUUUAUUUCUAGAUUUGAGUUUGUUGAAGUUAUUUGUAUUUAACGUGUUCUUGGAUUAAUUAGUUAAAAAAACAGACAUUUAUGUGCAGAGAGUAACCACUAUGCAUAGCUUCUAUAUGGUCCAUUUGGAUGCUUUAAGUUGUGAGACUUGUGACCAAGAACAUUGCCAUAAUGUAAUUUGCCAAUGUAAUUUUUUUAAAAAAAAUUUAAA